AUGGGGAUGAGAAAGGCGUCGCCAUUUUUUGUCGUUCUAUUGGGAUUUGGGUUCUUCAUUGCGACCUACAAUCUCGUGGCUCUGGUAAUGCAUAACCAAAAUUGGAAUUCUCCACUGCAAUUGGUGGAUCGUUCAACGCUUGCUCUUCGAUCUGAUCCUGUUGUUAGGAUGCCAAAUGAAUUGAAGAGGUCGGGAGGUCCAAAGAGGCUGUUUCAUGUGGCUCUCACUGCGACCGAUGCGCCUUAUAGUAAGUGGCAGUGCAGAAUAAUGUACUAUUGGUACAAAAGGAUGAAGGAUGUAGAAGGAUCAGAAAUGGGAGGAUUCACGCGGGUUCUGCAUUCAGGGACUCCGGAUAAUUUGAUGGAUGAGAUCCCUACCUUUGUCGUCGAUCCUCUACCUGCUGGUAUGGAUAGG